CUUCUCGGCCUCUGUAGUAAGGAUAUUUUUGGAACUGUCGAGUUUCACCUUCAUAGCCCUCCCAGUGAAAAGGCUACAGGGCCAGGAGCCCUCAUUCCGCCGUCUCUCUUCCCCCACCCCAUGGCGACGGCGACCUCCUUGACGACUCCCUUCGUCACCGGCAGCGUAGCUCAGUCAACAAAGUUGAGGUUGCAGAAUGAGAAGCUCAAAUCUUAUCAAUCUCGAUUGGCUAUUCCUCAGAAAUCAAAGUUGCUAAAAUGCCGCCCAAAUUUGUCUGUCCAUGCUGAGCACAGUGAUAGUUCCAAAGGUGGAGGUGGUGAUUUUGUUACAGGUUUUCUUUUAGGAGGAGCUAUUUUUGGAACACUGGCUUAUGUAUUUGCUCCACAGAUAAGGAGAUCAUUGCUGAAUGAAGAUGAACAUGGAUUCCGGAAGGCCAAGCGACCUUUAUAUUAUGACGAUGGCCUAGAGCAGAGGACACGACAAACGCUGAAUGCAAAGAUCAGCCAGCUGAAUAAUGCAAUCGACAAUGUCUCUUCUCGCUUAAGAGGUCGGAACAUUGAGGUGACGGAAUCUGUUGAAGCCGACUCUGAAGUGGAAGCUGCGAUGUAGUAAUUCCUUCUGCUAUCUCCUUGAACUUUAGUUGCUUCUAAAUAUGUAAUUGCAUCAUAAAAGGGUUUUAUGUCCCCUGGCUAGAUGUAUUACGGACCACUUUGUCUUUGUGUUAUGCAUCAUGGAUUUUGUCUC